AUGCUGGCGGAGGCAGGGCAGAAGGAGGACGCCGUGUGCUCCUACGGAAUGAAGCUCAGUUGGGAUAUCAACGAUCCGCAGAUGCCUCAGGAGCUGGCCCACUUCGACCACUUCUGCGAGUGGCCCGACGGCUACGUGCGCUUCAUCUACCGCAGCGACGAGAAGAAGGCCCAGCGCCACCUGAGCGGCUGGGCCAUGCGCAACACCAACAACCACAACGGCCACAUCCUCAAGAAGUCGUGCCUGGGUGUGGUAGUGUGUGCUCGAGCCUGCGCCCUGCCCGACGGCUCCCGCCUGCAGCUGCGGCCCGCCAUCUGCGACAAGGCGCGGCUUAAGCAACAGAAGAAAGCGUGCCCCAACUGCCACUCGGCUUUGGAGCUGAUCCCCUGUCGAGGGCACAGCGGGUACCCUGUAACCAACUUCUGGAGGCUUGAUGGCAACGCGAUAUUUUUUCAAGCCAAGGGUGUCCACGAUCACCCAAGACCAGAGAGCAAAUCAGAGACGGAAGCUAGAAGAAGUGCCAUCAAGAGACAAAUGGCCUCUUUUUACCAACCCCAGAAAAAGAGAAUUCGAGAACCAGAGGUGGGGGAGAAUCAAGACAACAGUGGACAUUUCAACAACAUAUCUUCCUUGGAAGAUUCAGAGGACUUUGAUAUAAUUACUGACACCGGCUUCCCUAUUCCAGCACAGCCUUGCUUUUCCUUCCCGAGCUCGGAUGCUUACAGAGCUACCUGUGACCUUGCCACCUUUCAAGCGGACAUAAUGCCACCCUUUCAGAAAUAUCCAAACCCAAGAAUCUAUUUGCCCAGGGCACCUUGCAGCUACGAAUUGGCAGGUCCUAGUUACACAAAUCCAAACACACAUCCCACCCUUUGUAAAAAUUCCAGCAAUCUCCCGAAUGACACGGACUGGGUCCAUCUAAAUGCACUGCAAUAUAAUGUCAACUCAUACAGCAGCCUUGAGAGAAGCUUUGAUUUCGCCAGUAAACAACAUGGCUGGAAACCAGCUCUUGGAAAACCUGGCCUUGGGGAGAGGACGGACCAUGGACAGUUCCAGGCCGUGUCUACUCACCCUUAUUGUAACACAGAGCUUCCCUGUCGGUACCUCACGACUCCCUCCGCAGGUGCUCCAGCCCUACAGACUGUGAUCACCACCACCACCAAAGUGUCAUACCAGGCCUACCAGCCCCCUGCUUUGAAAUACCGUGACAACAUAAAGGAAGUCAAGAGCCUUUCGGGGUGUAACUAUGCUUCUGAAAACAUCCCCGUGUCCAUCUACCCGGAAGGUUUGGACUUGCCGACCACAGCGGCCAGGGCCUCUCCAGUAGGGCCGCUGCCUUUGAAAAUUCCAGGUGAUUGCAGAGCCAUGAGACCCACUUUGGCUUUUCCUCAAGAGUCGGCUCCCUCCGGGACAGACGGAGCAGAGACUUGGGACGUGUGUUCAUCUAGGUUGGGGUCGGCAAUCAGUUAUUCGGAUGGGGUUAGUCCAUUCUUUAGCUAUGGCAGUGAGGACUUUUGAACCAUAAUCCUGGGCAUGACAUAGUAUUGGUGUCCAUGCAGGCAGGAAACGUGGAAUAGGAACUAUCUCUUGUUGAGCUGGGAGAUUGACCUAGGAGACACAUACAAUAAUAAAAAUGUUGAUCAGUUGAGAAAAUUAUGGGUUGGGGGUGUUUAGAAAGUAUAGGGAAAUUUUGCGCAGCAUUUUAAAACCUAUCACAUGACAUAGAAUUAAGUCUGAAAUGUGACUCUCCCAAAUGAACCUACAAGAAAACUGGAUACCAUGAUGAUCAAUGAGCUAAAUUCACUGGAGGAGAAGGCAAGAAUCCUGGUUCUCCUUCUAAGCCUUUCCCA